UACGGUUUUUCAUGUUUUAGAACACUUUGCUAUCUGUCAACUGUCAAAAUAUCCUAUCUGCUUGAACAAACGGCUUUGUAGUAAACGACAUUGGAUUAUUCACCGUAAAUGGAGCUUACAACAUUACACGAUUGAAAGGGAAUAUCAUAUUGUUAUCUACUCAUUCAACAGGCCAUUCCUUCUACGAUAGUAGCCAUAUAAACAAAAUGGUCCUCAACGAUGGACCUGAUCCUGAAAGCAUGGGCUGUGGAUAUAACAUGAUCAAAGAAAUAGACGAAGUCACAGGACUGGUUGGAAAGUUGCAAGAUUCGGAUUUAACUCCGGCACAGAUUGAAAGAAAUCAUGAGCGUUUUACCUUUAUUUUGUCUCAAUACCAAGAUCAACCGCAUUUGCUGGAUCCAUACCUGGACGAUAUCCUAGGUUCGAUGUUGACCAUCGUUAGAGACGACAAUAUUUCUGAUGGUGUAAAACACAAUGUCUUCAAAUACAUAUUCAUCAUCAUGUCUGUCAAAACAUAUAAGAAAAUUGCCUCUCAUCUUCCUCACGAGGUAAUGGAUCUUGUGCCGGUUCUGCGUAUGUUGGAAAAGCAAGACCCAAAUGAUUCGCUUACUUGGGAAACACGUUACGUACUUCUUGUUUGGCUAUCUAUUAUUUCUAAAAUACCUUUUCCUUUAUCUCGAUUGGAAACAUCGAAUGAUAUCAAACCUGAGGAUAUGAUAACAAAUAGGAUAUUGAAGUUAUGCAAACUGUAUUGCCUAUCAAAAGAUGUUUGUUCAGUGGCGGCAGUAUUUUUGAUUGCGAAUUUUCUGAAUCGUUCAGAUGUUAAGAAAUUGUAUCUUGAAGAAAUUAUCACAUGGUGCUGCCAGUGUUUGGAAGUUAAUUCUACAACUCACGGUGCUUUGGCAAUACUUUCCUCAAUAUUGAAACAUUGUGCUCGAGAAGAUCUGAAGCCAUAUAGUCAAAUGCUAUUAGAUAAAAUUAUGAAAAUGAAUUUGAGCGAUAAUCCAGACGCUCUCGUUAGAAAAUUUGCUCUGAAAGUAAUACAGCGCAUUGGAUUUGUUCUCCUACGAGCUAAAGUAGCUGAUUGGAGGUAUCAGAGAGCAAGCAAGACAAUAAGCUUGCUACCUGAGAAUAAAAAGAAUCUAACAGCCAUGAGUGUAGGGGACACAAAUGAAAUAUCCUCCCAAGAGACUGAGGACCAUGAUAUUCCUCCAGCAACAGAAGAAAUUAUUGAGCAGCUGAUACAAGGUCUUCGCGACAAAAGCAUUACCAUCAGAUGGUCUGCAGCCAAAGGAAUCGGGCGAGUAACAGCUCGCUUGCCAAUUGAUCUAGCUGAUGAAGUGGUUGGAUUUGUACUGAAUUUGUUUUCUGGACGUGAAUCAGAUACGGCCUGGCAUGGUGGUUGUCUAGCAUUAGCUGAAUUAGGGCGAAGAGGAUUACUAUUACCUCAUAGAUUGGGAGAUGUUAUUCCUUUGGUUCUUCAAGCAUUGGUAUUUGAUGAACCUCGAGCUUACGGUUCUGUAGGAUCGAUAAUCAGAGAUGCAGCAUGCUAUGUUUGUUGGUCGUUCGCAAGAGCAUUUGAAUCUAGAGUACUAUUACCUUAUGUAAAUCAGAUUGCUGCUACUCUGCUUAUUGUAGCCGUUUUCGAUCGAGAGAUCAAUUGUCGGAGAGCUGCAUCAGCUGCAUUCCAAGAGAAUGUUGGUAGGCAGGGGAACUUUCCACAUGGAAUAGACAUCCUCACUGUUGCCGAUUAUUUCGAAGUUGGUGUACGGAGUAAUGCUUACCUAAAAAUUAGCGUUCACAUAGCGCAGUAUGAAGAAUACACCAAACCUUUAAUUGAUCACUUGCUCGUCAGAAAAGUAACGCACUGGGAUACAGCUAUUCGAGAACUUGCAGCUAAGGCUCUCUGCAACUUGACUCCCAAGGAUCCUCGUUACAUGGUUGAAACGGUACUCUCCAAUCUUCUUGAUAUGCUAAGUUCCAUUGACUUGAAUGUAAGACAUGGAGCAGUUUUAGCUGUUGCUGAAAUUCUAGAAGCAUUGGACAUUGCUUCUGAUGAGAAAAUCGAAAACAUUAUCGGCAAACCAGCUGUAGAUCAAAUAUGCAAUGCCAUACGAGUAUUCAAGAAUCGAGGGCAAUUUAAAGGAUUGGGUGGAGAGUUGAUGAAGCAAGCAUGCGCAGUUCUUAUACGAAAGUGUGCUCGUGUUCAUUUUCCCGUUCAUUCCACCGACAUCAUUGAUGACUGGCAGGGUUUACUGGAAGAAUGCCUGAGCCAUGAAGUAGCUAGCAUUAGGUUGAAAGCAGCAGAAGCACACUCUGAUUUUUUCACUGAAUAUUAUACCUCAGCUCAUAUGAGUCCAGAUGCUCGCAACGUAAUAGUUGAUCGUUAUUUGGAUAACUUGAGGUCCAAUAAUCAAAUAAACAGAAUGGGUUUUGCUCAGGCUAUAGGAUAUUAUCCAUUAUUCAUAUUACGGGAGAGAGCAAAGGAUACAAUACAAGCACUCAUCAAAUGUACACAUAUCACAGAACAUACUUCAAAAUGGGCUGAAAGUCGAAAGGAAGCGUUUCACUCCUUGACAAUGGUUUGUCAAACGCUUGGAAUUAAGGAAUUAAAUGUAUGGAAACCUUACAUGCAAGAACUUUACGACUGUUACUUACUUGCUCUUGGCGAAUACACGAUGGACAGCAGAGGAGAUAUAGGAGCUUGGGUUCGAGAAGCUGCAAUGGCUGGUCUUCAGUUGCUCACAAAUUUAGUUUCACAUGCCAAAUUGACAUCAGUGCUAAAUGAAAAAGUUAUGGGGCAAGUGAUAGGUGGUGUUGCCCAGCAAGCUGUUGAAAGAAUCGAUAGAAUUCGUGCACAGGCUGGUGCUGUAUUUAGUGGUCUUAUACACAGUGAUCCAGAACUCCCAUAUAUACCAAACCAUGAUGAAUUAAAGAAAUUGUUUCCACUUACCGAGUGUACAGAUAGCAUAGAUUGGAAAAUGGAAUCAAUGACAUUUCCGCGUUUCAUAAGGAUGCUUUCUUUUCCAUCUUAUACACUCGCCAUACUUCGAGGGAUCAUAUAUAGUGUCGGUGGAUUGAGCGAGUCAUUGGUAAAACAUUCGAGCAUGUCCUUCUUUUCUUAUUUGAAAGAAAUUGACGAAGCAUCUGUGCGGAACUUGUGUCACAAGAUUUUGGAUAUUUUUGAAGAGAGUCAUAAGAAUGAUAGAAUGAUUACUUCUUUAUUGGUAUUUAUGGUUCGCUUGAUCAGUUCCGGCUGUAUCCAAUUUAUUUUGGAUGAUCCAGAAAGUGAAUUUCCUCAACGGCUUUUGACGCUGCUCAAACGAGAAAUCAAAUCUAUAAAUAAUAUGAAACUUCUCAUCAGCAGUAUAGGAGUUUUUUGCCAACUAUUGCAGGUGCGAAGUGACGUAAGUAAAAGAGCAUUCAGUCAGUUGAGUAUAUUUUUAUGUCAUAAUUUUAUGUGCGUGAGAAAGAUAACCGCAGUGCGCACAUAUGAAGCGCUGACUCUAUAUGGAGAGGAUAUGGACCUUCCAGAAGAUGAUCUUACCAGUGUAUUGAAUGAACUCAAUUCGACAGACUGGGAGCAGUCUGUGGUAAUCCUUCGCCCAAUUAGAAAUCAUUUGUGUGAGCUAAUGAAAGUUGCACCACCUGUUAUGAUUAAAAAAUCUUGAGACUUAUAAAAAUGCUGUGCAACUAAUUUCGGGAAUGCUUUUGCUAAACGAUUUUUAUAAUUAUUUUCCUUGAGAUUAAUACAAACAUGUAACUUGUUACCAACUAAUGCGAUGAAUAAAUUUUGCAAACCAUUUUAUUACAA